AUGUUAUUGACGAUGCCAUUGCGAUAUGCACGCUUGGAGAAAGCUGACAUUUUGGAAAUGGUUGUAAAACAUCUUAAAGAUAUUAAGAAACGAAGACAAGCAAUGAUAACAGCUAUGGAACCAAUUCUUUUUCGGAGCUUUAAAAUGGGUUUUAUGGAUUGUACUCGAGUCACAAUCGAUUUCAUUAAAGAAAUGGAAGUUGAAACACCAGGGAGUAAGAAGCAGGAAAUUAUAGAUCACAUCACAAAAGAAUGCGUCAAAACCUUUCAAAAUCACAGCCCACCAGCAGAAUUUAGAAAACAUCAUGAAAAUGCUUUUGCUAAUGUGAAUCCAUCAGAUCAGUUUUUCCCAUUCUCAUUAAUGUCAACGUCAUUUGACAGUGAUAUGGAGUGGCCAUCACUAGAAGAAAGACUUGGAUUUUCUCCGAUUGAAAAAACAAGUUUUCUUCUUCCAGACAUAAAACCUUUACCCGAAUUGAUGACUUCAUCUUUUCAGAAAAGUGAAGACCGACGUGUCAGUGCAUUUAAUAUUAUUUUAACAAACGCCUUGUAA